GUAUCGAGCCGACAGGAAACAGGGUGCUGCGUCCGGCCGUGUUCACCGUGGACACGUUCAGCGCCGGUCAGGGUCAGGUCACCGUCUACCUGGACCAUCCAGACGGCACCAGAGAGGAGCUGAAGCCGGAGCUUAACGAGGGAAAGAAGACGUACAGCGUCACCUACGUCCCUCAAGUCACGGGGACACACAAGGUGACCGUGUUGUUUGCAGGCCAGCAGAUUCCCAAAAGUCCAUUUGAGGUGGGUGUGGAAAAGGCGCUGGGGGACGCCUCCAAAGUCACAGUGAAGGGCCCGGGAAUCGAACCCGUGGGCAACAUCGCCAACAAACCCACCUACUUCGACAUCUACACUGCAGGAGCGGGUACGGGAGACGUGACGGCCAUGAUCCGAGACCCGCUGGGCCGCCAGAACAGCGUGGAGUUGAUGAUGGAGGAUAAAGGGGACAGCAUGUACCGCUGCACCUACCGACCCAUUCAGGCCGGACCGCACGCAGUCACCGUUACCUUUGGAGGGGUGGGAAUCCCCCGGAGCCCCUUCAACGUGGACGUUGGACCUGCCUGCUCACCGGGCGCCUGCAGGGCGACGGGUCGAGGUCUGCAGCCGACGGGGUUGAGGGUGAAGCAGGUCGGGGAUUUUAAGGUGGACACAAGAAACGCUGGAAGUGGAGACCUGAAGGUGCUCGUCAAAGGACCCAAGGGCGUCGAGGAGCCGGUGAAGCAGCUCUCCAGUCAGGACGGCGUGUUCUCCUAUGAGUAUCAUCCCAACAGUCCUGGAAAAUACACAGUGUCCAUCACCUGGGGGGGUCAGCACAUCCCGAAGAGUCCAUUUGAUGUGGUCGUCGGUCCGGAGGCGGGGCCUCAGCAGAUCAGGGCCUGGGGUCCUGGUUUGGAGGGAGGCAUUGUGGGUAAACCAGCCGCCUUUGUAGUCGAGUCCAUCGGCACUGACGUCGGAGUUUUGGGUUUUGCCAUCGAGGGACCUUCUCAGGCUAAAAUCGAGUGCGAAGACCAAAACGACGGCUCGUGCGACGUUCGGUACUGGCCUACAGAACCUGGAGAAUACGCCGUCCAUGUGACCUGCGACGAGGAGGACAUCGAACGCAGCCCGUUCAUGGCCUACAUCGUCCCCGAUGACGACACCAACCACCCAGAGAAGGUUCAGGCUUAUGGUCCGGGCCUCGAGAAGAACGGCUGCCUGGUCAACCAACCUACUGAGUUCACCGUGAAGGCUGAAGGUGCCGGACAAGGACCUCUGAAAAUCACAGCACAGGAGGCAGAGGGGCUCCCUGUGGAGGUGAAAGUCCGGAGUAAAGGCGACGGGCUCUACCAGUGCUCCUACACGCCCGCCUCCUCACUCAAACACACCGUCUCCAUCACCUGGGGGGGAGUCAGCAUCCCCAACAGUCCCUUCAGG